AUGCCUACCGCCAAACUCCAGAAGAGCAAUGCGUACUUCUCGCGCUUCCAAGUCAAGUACAGGCGUCGCCGUGAGGGAAAGACCGACUACUAUGCCCGUAAGCGGUUGAUUACCCAGGCGAAGAACAAGUAUGGUGCGCCCAAGUACCGCCUGGUCGUCCGCUUCACGAACAAGGACAUCAUUGCCCAGAUCAUCCACUCGGAGAUCAGCGGUGACAAGGUCUUCAUGGCCGCCUACGCCCACGAGCUGAAGCCCUACGGUAUCACCCACGGCCUCACCAACUGGGCUGCCGCCUACUCCACCGGUCUCCUCCUCGCCCGCCGCACGCUGAAGAAGCUCGAGCUUGACGGAGACUUUGUUGGUGUCGAGGAGGCUGACGGUGAGUUCACUCUUACCGAGGCCGCCGAGGUCGACGGUGAGGAGCGCCGCCCAUUCAAGGUCUUCUUGGAUGUCGGUCUCACCCGCACCUCCACCGGUGCCCGUGUCUUCGGUGCCAUGAAGGGUGUCUCCGACGGUGGUGUCUUCGUGCCCCACUCGGAGAACCGUUUCCCCGGUUACGACAUGGAAGGCAAGGAGCUCGACGCCGAGACUCUCCGCAAGUACAUCUUCGGUGGCCACGUCGCUGAGUACAUGGAGACGCUUGCCGAUGACGACGAGGAGCGCUACAAGUCCCAGUUCAGCGGCUACAUCGACGAGGACAUCGAGGCCGACGGUCUCGAGGAGCUCUACCAGGACGCACACAAGCAGAUCCGCGAGGACCCCUGGAAGAAGGAGGACGGUGACGCGCCCAAGAAGUCCAAGGACGAGUGGAAGACGGAGUCCCUGAAGUACAGGUCCCAGAAGCUCACCAAGGCGGAGAAGGAGGAGCGCGUCCAGAAGAAGAUUGCGGAGCUCAAGGCUUAA